AUGUAUUAUUGGAGACAAAGGCGGAGAUGGGCGCAUUGGUGGAUUGUUCUAUUCUUUUCUUUGCUGAUGCGCCUUACGGAGCAGGCUUCAACGCAAAUAAGGUACUCUGUCCCAGAGGAGGUUAAUGACGGUACCGUUAUAGGAAAUCUUGCUAAGGAUAUGGGUCUUGAUGUAAGUUCUCUGGGAUACAGACGGCUUCGGAUUGUUUCUGGAUCUCAUGACGAUUUUUUUCAGCUUGAUCAGAAUAAUGGAGUCCUGUCUAUUCAUAAGAAAAUCGACCGAGAGGAGAUAUGCGAUAGAAACCGUGUUUGCACAAUAAAUUUAAAAAUAGUUAGUGAAAGUCCACUUGAAAUACAUUACAUUGAAGUAGAGAUAAUAGACGUUAAUGACAAUUCCCCAGUUUUCCCAGAAACCCAAAUAUAUUUAGAAAUAUCAGAAAGCACACAUCUAGGUGCGCGAUUUGAACUUCCAGCAGCUCGUGACCUAGACGCUGGAAUAAAUUCUAUCCGUUCCUAUAAACUAGAUCAAAAUGAUCACUUUCAGUUGCAGUUGAAAAAUGGCGACGAUGAGGAAAAAAUAAUUUUUUUAGUUCUGCAGAAGCCUUUAGACAGAGAGCAAUAUAGCAAACACGUGUUCAGUUUGACCUCAUUUGAUGGAGGAAAUCCUCCCAAAUCUGGUACUUUAGACAUUAUAGUGUCUGUUACUGAUAUUAACGACAACAUACCCGUUUUUACUCAAGAAAUAUAUGCAGUUACGCUAAAAGAAAAUAUCCCAAUUGGAACUAUAAUUAUCACUGUCAAUGCUAGCGAUGCAGACGAUGGUCUUAAUGGAGAAAUUGAAUAUACACUUAGACGAUCAUCCAAAAGUAAUGUAAACGAUGUAUUUCUAUUAAAUAGUGUUACAGGAGAGAUUAGUGUAAAUGGGAAUAUUGACUAUGAGGAAAAUGAUGUGUAUAGGUUAAAUGUCCAGGCAACUGAUAAAGGACAGCCACCGAUGACCGUAGAUUGUAGAGUUGUCAUAAAAGUUAUAGACGCAAAUGAUAAUAAACCUGAAAUACAUAUUACGUCAUUAUCCAACAUGGUUCUCGAAGACUCUAAAAGGGGAACUGUGAUUGCCCUGGUUAGUGUUACUGAUAUGGAUUCUGGUGUCAACGGUAAAGUUAUUUGCAGUCUUUCAGGUAACACACCAUUUGAGUUGAAACCAUCAAUAAAAGACAACAUGUAUUCACUGGUGACGAAAGACAGAUUAGAUAGAGAAUUUGUUUCAUAUUAUGACAUUACCAUAGAAGCAACGGACUUAGGACAGCCUCCCCAAUCCAGUGACAAAUCUCUAAAAGUACUGGUCGGUGACGUGAACGAUAACAGGCCGGAAUUCUCCCAGAAUCCUCUUGAAAUUUAUUUACUGGAAAAUAACUCACCUGGGGAACUCGUGUUUUCUGUAAGUGCCACUGACAGAGAUAUUAACGAAAAUGCUGAAGUCGUUUAUUCUAUUAUCAGAAGAGACAGUAUACAAAAUGACAUAGCAUCAUUUGUAAACAUCAAUGCUGAAAAUGGACGAAUCCGUGUUUUAAAAAGUUUCGACUUUGAAAAGGUCAAAACAUUCCAGUUUUAUGUGCUCGCUAAAGAUUCUGGAACUCCAUCACUAAGCAGCAACGUUACAGUGAACGUGUUUAUUCUGGAUCAGAACGACAACGUUCCUGUAAUUUUAUAUCCAGUCAGCGCUAACGGUUCUGCUGAAGGUGUAGAGGAGAUUCCCCGCAAUGUGAACGCAGGACAUGUGGUGACUAAAGUGAGAGCCUAUGACGCGGAUAUUGGAUACAACGGCUGGUUAUUAUUUUCACUGCAGGAAGUGAGUGACCACAGUCUUUUUGGUUUAGAUCGCUAUACAGGACAAAUAAGGACCCUUCGCCCAUUCACAGAAACAGACCAGGCUUUACACAAACUGAUUAUACUUGUCAAAGACAAUGGCAACUUUUCACUUUCAGCAACAGCGACUGUGAUUAUCACACUUGUUGAACCAAAAGAGGCUUUUGCAGCCUCUGAUAUUAAAAACUCAGCAAAAGAAGAAGGAGAAAAUAACGUUACAUUUUAUUUAAUCAUUACCUUGGCUUCCGUUUCAUUUCUUUUUAUCAUCAGUAUAAUCGGGCUGAUUGUAAUGCAGUGCUCCAAAUCUGCAGAUUAUUCCUCCAAAUACUUACAAGAAACACAAUACGACGGAACACUGUGUCACAGCAUCCAGUACAGAUCCGGAGAUAAACGCUACAUGUUAGUUGGACCCAGAACAAGUAUCGGUUCUACUCUAGUCCUUGGGAGUAAUGGGAAUUCAUUGAGGAGACCCAGUAUGCACAGUCGUGAGUGCUGCUUGAAUAUUGGGGAAGAACAACGUCUGUAA